GCCUUGUCUGCUGAGAAAGACCCCAGAGAUAAAGGAGAAGAGUUUCAGUUCUAUCACCCUGAUUGACAGCUCUUUGCUCAGUCAUCCCUAUCUCUCUUCGUCUUCUACCUUCCAUGCUACCCACAUCAUAACGCGAACAAUAUCGGUUACAGAAAAGAGGAGUGGGAUAAAAGUGGGGAAGCGGCCAAUAUACAACCCUUUCGCCCCUGCAGAUUGAUUUGAUGGAUCUAUAGAUCUAACCCUUUUCCAUCCACAUGUAUUGUUCUGUUUCGUUUAGAUCCCCAUCGCUUUCAACUGAAUGUUUCUGCAGCUGACCAGAACUGAUCGAAUACCCUAAUUGUAUUGUCAUUUGUAGAUAGUGGCUUUGUGAGUCUGCAGGGGAGGAGGCCCCUGGUGCUUUAUACUGUAGCGGUAUUGCAUCCGUUUUGGAUGUGAAGGAUUCUGGGGCGGUCUUGGGUGAAAUGAGGGAUGUUAUCAAAGAUGAAGGACUUUCUGAGCGCCUGUUGGCGACCAUCCUCGGACCAAUAUGUCCACAAAGGUUCAGAUGUGUCUGGUCGGCAGGAGGGAUUACUUUGGUACAAAGACGCUGGCCAGCACUUAGCUGGUGAAUUUUCGAUGGCUGUUGUACAAGCCAACAAUUUGCUUGAGGAUCAGAGCCAAAUAGAGACUGGUCCCCUUAGCUUGCUUGAGACUGGCCCCCAUGGGACCUUUAUUGGAGUAUAUGACGGUCACGGUGGACCUGAGACAUCACGUUACAUUUGUGAUAAUCUCUUCCAACACCUGAAACGUUUCACUUCUGAGCAGCAGUCCAUGUCAGUGGAUGUAAUACAAAAAGCAUACCAAGCAACGGAAGAGGGUUUUGUAUCCCUUGUUAGCAAGCGUUGGCCUAUAAAUCCCCAAAUUGCUGUUGUGGGAUCAUGCUGUUUGGUUGGUGUAAUUUGUAGUGGUACCCUCUACAUUGCUAACCUGGGCGAUUCCCGUGCUGUGCUUGGGAGGGCUGUCAGAGCGACUGGAGAGGUUCUGGCAAUCCAACUAUCUUCAGAGCAUAACGUGAGCAUUGAAUCUGUGAGACAAGAGAUGCAUUCUUUGCAUCCAGAUGACUCGCAAAUCGUGGUUUUAAAGCACAACGUAUGGCGCGUGAAGGGUCUGAUACAGGUUUCUCGAUCAAUUGGUGAUGUAUAUCUCAAAAGGGCAGAAUUUAACAAGGAACCUUUGUAUGCUAAGUUUCGUCUUCGUGAACCUUUUAGCAGACCAAUUUUGAGCUCUGAGCCAUCUAUUUCUGUCCAUGAACUUCAACAGCAUGAUCAGUUCCUCAUAUUCGCUUCUGAUGGUUUGUGGGAACACCUUAGCAAUCAGGAUGCUGUUAACAUAGUUCAAAAUCACCCUCGCAGUCAGGGAAGUGCUCGGAGACUGGUCAAAGCUGCCUUGCAUGAAGCAGCCAAAAAAAGAGAGAUGAGAUACUCAGAUUUGAAGAAAAUUGACCGUGGUGUCCGCCGCCAUUUCCAUGAUGACAUUACAGUAGUAGUUGUAUUCCUCGACUCCAAUCUUGUGAGCAGAGAUGGGCCGGUGAGAGGUCCUUCUUUAUCAGUGAGGGGUGGAGGUGUUAACCUACGCGCUAAAACACUGGCUCCCUGCGCAACUCCUUUGGAAACUUAGUUCUGGCUGAUUAAACCAGCCCUAUGCACUGUUGAUACUUUUGUAUUUAGUGUUGUACUCUUAACACAGACUGAGCUUUGGGGAUCUGUCAUCUUGUAUAUCAAAUCCAAAAGAUAAUUUUUUAAUCAAUUCAAUAGAUAUCAAGAACAUCAGUUUUUUCUUCCCUUUCUGUUUUGGAUUGUGCUAUAUAACCAGCAACUUGGUGUAUCUCACUAGCGUGAGUAAUAUCAAGAAGAUAGUACCGAUUUAGUCCCUGGA